AAGUGACUGAGCAGCAGAGUAAGAGCCUGUUCGUGUGUGGGAGAGAGAAAAGGCGGGAGAGAGAGAAACAGCGGUGAUGAUCGACGCCAGGCUGCCACCACUCUGCAGCAGAGAGUGGCUGCAACAAAAAGCACAGAACAACAUCUCUGACUCGUCGCUCUGCUUUUUUCUCUCCCUGCGUCUCAGCUAGCGGAUGAGGGCUCCGCUCACAGCUCUGCAGAGGCUCUGCCGAGAACGAGCCGGCGUCAGACGCAAGAUCCCUGGCUGCCAUCAACAAGUUAGGCUUGGAGGACCACAGCCAUGAAAGAAAAACACCUGAUCUUUAAUUAAACGAAAGAACGUCACUGCAGUGGAAGGAAAACAAAAAGGGGGGAAAAAGAAGAGGGAGCUGCUGAUUGGAGUCACUCUGGAUCUAACUGAUCAACUUGAACAAAAAUAUUUCAAUCAAGGAUUUGAGGGUUUAAGGAGGAAAGAUUUGCCUCUUUUUUUCAGCUUGGAUUUUAGGGGUCUCUGGCAAAAACACACGGAAUAAUCAUCAUCUUAGGACAUGGAAUUUUACAUUUUGUUUGAAUUGGGUGGGUUCAGAAUUGCUUUAUUUCAAAAGAAGCAGAUUCCUUUUGUGUUUACUCAAAAGGGUUUUUUCCCUUUGGAUUUUUCUUCCAUCCCGUUGCUCCAAGAGUCUCUGGAAAAGGAUAGUUGAAUGCAGCCUCCGAUGUACACAAAAGAAUGGGUUUCCAUUCAAGGUGGCCAUUGGUGGGACCUGCACCAGUGGCUGUGAGUGUGAUCAGUAUGCUCCUAGCGUGUCUGCUGUCUCCUGCAUCAUGCACAACCUGCCCUCAAAAAUGCCGCUGUGAGGACCUGCAGUUCUACUGCGACACCCAGGAGCUUAAGGCACCACCAGAUGGUGUGGACAAGGGCGCCCUGGGGUUGUCGCUACGCCACAACAGCAUCACUGAGCUCUCCCCUGAUCAGUUCUAUGGUUUCAGCCAGCUCACCUGGCUACAUCUAGACCACAACCAGAUUACCACAGUACAAGAGGAUGCCUUUCAAGGGCUCUAUAAACUGAAGGACCUCAACCUGAGCUCCAAUCGUAUCACCAAGUUGCCCAACACAACCUUCAUCCACCUCAUCAACCUUCAGAUCCUGGACCUUUCCUUCAAUCAGAUGACAUCAUUGGAACCAGAACUGUUUCAUGGACUUAGGAAGCUCCAAAUACUUCACCUCCGUUCAAAUUUACUUCGCACCACACCUGUACGAGCUUUCUGGGACUGCCGCAACCUGGAAUAUCUGGGCCUGAGCAGCAACCGACUACGGAGCCUUGCCCGGAAUGGAUUUGCUGGGCUCAUUAAGCUUAAAGAGCUCCACUUGGAGCACAAUCAGCUGACGAAGAUUAACUUGGCCCAUUUCCCACGUCUCGUUGCCCUCCAGUUUCUGUAUCUGCAGUGGAAUAAGAUUAAUAAUGUCACAUGUGGCAUGGAGUGGACUUGGACGACUUUAGAAAAGCUGGACCUCACAGGAAAUGAAAUACGUGUCCUGACACCUGACGUGUUUCAGACGCUGCCAAAUUUAAAAAUGUUGCUACUGGAUAACAACAAACUAAGCAGCCUGGAGCCCCAAGUCUUGGAUAUGUGGCAGUCAUUGAGUACGAUUGGACUGUCAAGCAACCUUUGGGAAUGUACCAAAAGGAUUUGCUCUCUGGCCACAUGGCUGAGCGCCUUCAAGGGAAGGUGGGAACAUUCCAUCGUCUGCCACAGCCCUGAAUAUGCCCAAGGCGAGGAGAUACUUGACGCCGUCUAUGGAUUUCAGCUUUGCCAGAAUUUUUCAGCACCAGUCAUUCAAACCAUCAGUACAACCACAGACACCACUACGGCUGCUGAGAUCACAAGCUCUUUGUUUGGAAUUAUGCAGCCAACCCCUACACAGGACUAUGCAGAAGAUUUUGGGAGCUUUACCACACUCACUACCACCACGACCACAACAACACAAACCACAAGCACUGCUGAAGCAACUACUGCUUUGCUGGAAGAGGCAGCUGUGACAGAUGACUUCUUAGCAAUGGACAACACGGCCAUGACUCAUAGGGUUAUCAUUGGAACUAUGGCCCUUCUCUUUUCCUUCUUUUUCAUAAUUUUUGUUGUGUAUAUCUCACGAAAGUGCUGCCCCCCAACCCUGCGGAGGAUACGCCACUGUUCUGCUAUUCAGAACCGCAGACAGAUGAGGACCCAGCAGCGACAGCCAAUGGCAGACCUGGCCACACAGGUACCCUAUAAUGAGUACGAGCCUAGCCAUGAAGAAGGGGCUCUCGUAAUCAUCAAUGGCUAUGGGCAGUGCAAGUGUCAGCAACUGCCUUACAAAGAGUGUGAAGUAUGAACUGCUAUUUAUUCCUAGACCAUAAGGUUUGUCAUUUGACCAUUUCAGAAUGAAACAGGGUUUGCUUUUUUGAUUUCUCCCCAGUUUGUGUAAAAAGCCUAAUUUCUACAAGUGACGUUUGAAAACGUGAUCCAAUAUCGAAUGCUACAAAGACAGAGGCUGGACAGCAAAGAAACUAUGUCGAGAUAGUCACAACUUUAUUUUUCUAUAAAGGAAAGGUUGUUCAUAUUAGCCGGGGCAAUCAUUUUAAAUAAGAAAAUUGUAAACUGUGAGAUUUGUCUCUACAUUGUCUAUAUUUUGCAGCACAGCUUAAAGGGCCAAACAGCCCUACGUUAACAAAGUACUUAAAGUGAAGGGAUGUGAUUAUGUAAUUUUUUUUUUUCACAAAAGGUAAAACAUUUGAAAUAUUGUUUCCCCAACUGUACCAGAGGCACUACAAUAACAGGACCUUACUAAUAAUGAAUCCUUUUAUGGAGAAUAGAAACCUGAAAAGACAUUACAUUCACCAAAUAUGUGAAUUUAACAAACCUUUAACCUUAAACCAGGUGAGCCGUUUUUCAUGAAUUCGUAUUUCUAGUCAAACGUUUGUGUGGAAAUGUAGCUACAAAUGUGUACCAAGAAUCAAAAAUGUUCAAUUAUAUUAAUUGGAAGCCUCAUUUUUUGGUCAGACAUGCUUAAAAAAAAUCCUGAUUUGCAGCUGACAUUAAGGCAUUAGAAGUUUAAAGUUUUGUCUAUCAGGGCCAACUAUUACAAACAAUCCUUAACCUGUGGGGCACACUAAGAUGUGUUCAGCUGUGGUUAAUAUCCAACCUACCAUGUUUAAGGUGGGGGGAAAAAAAACACCCUCUUGGAUGUAAACCUCACAUUUGACACAAAAUGAUAAAACCUUUAAUGUACAAUUAAUUGUAUAUGGAUUACACAUUUCCUAAAGGCCAUACAAACUGUGAUCAUAAUAUUUAUUUGCGCUUAGUGUAGUUAAGUCCAAUCUGAUGAUUUGCCACAUCAGGAUCAAUUCAUAGAUUUGUGUGAUAUGCGAGUAGCAAGUUAAAGGGCAAUGAACAGAGCAAAUGCCAGAACAUCUUAUGCAGAAAAUAAAAACCUCUCCCAGAAGACAACACUAUUAUGCUUACGAGCUAAUCAAGACUGACGGGUUCAAGAUUGAGUCAAUUAUGGCAAGGCCAACAGAAUCUAAUAUUCUGCCUCCUCCACCGGUGACCCAGGAAAAUCUAACUCUUCCAUCAGUAAAAUGUGGUUGUUUUGUCAUCAUCUGUGAGGUAACACCAAAAACACUCCUAAACUUUUUAUUUCAUGCAACGGCAUCAAUAACAUUGUCACCUGCAGUCUGGAAAAAAAGGAUUUAUAAAUAUAUCAGUUGUCAUGUUUGGACUAACAAGUGUCAAGCUAAACUGCACUCAGUACUCUAGGCAAAUGGAGAUCCGAUGAUAAGCAAACAGCAGGUUUUGUACGGACACAUUUGAGAGAGGAUAUGCAUUAGCAUCAGUCUGAAGCUACUGCUGCAGCUUCGCACUUCAUGUUCCAUUCAGGAGUGGGGGCAGGGUGAAAGUCAGUGGGAUUGAGAUGAAUUAAUGGAUGAAAAGAGGGCACAAAUUAUUGGAUAACCUACAUUUAAAACAAAUUUUAAAAUACAAUGCAGUAAAUAAAUCAUAAUGUUUGUGCUUUAAACACAGACAACACAGCAGCAACAGUCACUACUUUUCAGCUGUUGAUUUAAUUUUAAUACUCCAAUCCUACAGCAUCUUUACGGAAGAUGCAUCAUAUGCAGAGAAUGAAAUAAUUUCUCUGGUUGGGACAGUCUGGGUAGAGGCAGAAGGCUCCGUUUGUCGUUUUGUCUACUAGUUUAUAAAAAUUUGGCUUUAAGCUUUUACAUAAACACAUAUGUAUAAGUGUGUCUAAUACUUCUCAUGCCAAUAAAAACAAUGUAUGUAAACCAAGAACAUUUUUAUACUGAGUUAAGACCACUUAUCUGAAGCCAAAUAAUUCCCCUUCUGAUUUAAUGUUUCCUCUCCAGCUUCACACUGCUUUGACUACUGCCCUUCUGACCUUGCAUGCUCAAACAUCCAACUUUGAGUAAAAUACGUCUCAAGUUCAUUCAGCAAACAUUUUGAGACCCCAUUUUCCAAUGAAGAAUUGGGAAGUAAAUGGAAUUCCAAGAGUCUUUCAAUCAUGGCAUUGACAUUAUGCUCUUUAAGACGACAGUUGUACCCAGUGACUGAAAAUCCACAAAAUUUGUAAAAUUAUGCAUCCCUUAGCACUUUGGCUGUUUGUAAACCGUUUUGUUUUCUCUUGUCAUCCUCUAGUUCUUCUCAUCCUGCUGAAAAAAAAGCUGAAAAGGAAAAAAAUAAAUAAAAAGAAAAGCAAUCCCAACUCUCAUUUCCAAACUCUUUGUGCAAAAUUGAAUGCUUUUCUCUUCCCGUUUUCCUUUUGUAUUGUAAUAUGUACAAUUUCAUAUCUGUAUAGUGGAUAAGAUGUGCCAAACUGAAAAAAAAACAUUGUCCCUUCAAAACAUAUAUUUUUUAAAUAAAAUGGUUAUAAUUGUUUGCAAACUGUUUGCAAACUGAUGUACGCUGA